GAGAUGGAAGUGCCCACCCCCUCCAAAGCACUUAAGCCUCCUGAUCUCAAUGAAGAGUCUUUGGACCCUAGGAUUAUGAUUUCCUUAUUUGAAAUUGGAUCACUUCCCCCAGUUUCUUGCAGUUCUCUCCCUUCCCUAAAAAGUAGUGACCAUGAAGCAAUUGAACAGCGGAUUGCAAAGAAGUUUGAAAGCCUCUUAAAAGAAAUUAAAGAUAUUGUUAAACAUAUGACAAUGUAUGAACAGAAGGUCACAGAAACAAAAGAAUCUUUUAAGGAAACCAAUAUGUCUGAGGUGUCAGAACUUAGAGAAAAAAUCAUAGAACUUGAUGAAAUAAAUAAAGAACUAGUAAAAAAACUGCUUGCUACUUUGGACCUAGGGAAAAAAGAGAAUGCAAAGAAACAGGAGAUGAGGUUGGACAACCAGAACUCUGAGGACACAGUGCAAGACUGUUCAAGGGAUUGGGUAAAUUGUUCAAAAGGACCAAAAGCCCUUCCUGAAACUCAGCUAAGUAAGGAAAAAGCAAAGCAUGGAUUCCCUCACAUUCAAGAAGAAAAUAGACUGAGGAACAACAUGGAGCAGUUACUACAGGAAGCAGAACACUGGAGUGUGGAACAUACUGAGCUUAGCAAACUAAUGCAAUCCUAUCAGAAAUCUCAGAAUGACAUCAAAACUCUUAAAAAUAAUGGCACCCAUUCCCCAAGUCAAACAAAUAAUGAGUCAGCUCAGCAAGAGCUGGAGGAACAAGUGAGGAGACUGAAACAAGACACAUAUUCAUUGCAUUUGAUUGCAACCUUGCUGGAGAAUGAAUGCCAAAUCUUAGAGCAGAGAGUAGAACUGCUUGAUGAACUCCAUUAUCAGAAGGAGGAACCUCUACAAGGAGAGCCAAUGCAAAUGCAAAUAAACCAUGAGCAAAACAACAAGGAAGAGAAGCUACCAGAGGCAGAGAAGGUCAAAAUACAUGAGCAAAACAUGCCAGAAGUGGAAGGUACAUUUCACAAAAGAGAUCAGUUCUUUAGAAGCCUGGAUAUUUGCCAUAAUAAGAAAGCUCAUAAUAACCAGUUGAAUACCCGUAUUGCAAAAAGAGCUCUUGUGGUAAAGAGGCCAGCUAGCAGCUUAAGUUAA